AUGAUUGUCCCUGUACUGCAGAAUGGAGGUUUUGUGUCAGGCCUCAUUGGUAUGGCUGGAGUUUUUGCUGCCACGUUUAUGGAAAACUGGUGUGCCAAAGAUUGGCAAGGAGACAUGGUAAAUUCUGUGUACACUUAUAGGGGGCUGUGGCAUAACUGUGAGGUGUCCACCACUGGAUUCACCGAGUGCCGACCGCUCUCUGACCUUCUAGGCUACUCAGGAUUGUUAAAAGCUGUAAGAGCACUCAUGAUAGCGACUAUUAUCAUGAGUGUUAUUGCAGUUUUGAUCGGACUGUUCUCUCUUAAGUUCCUUAAAAUGAGAUGUAUGGUGGAAUCGACCAAAGCCAAAAUGACGCUAAGUGCAGGAAUUAUAUUUAUCAUUGCUGCCCUUUGUGGCAUAUCUGGAGCAUCGGUGUAUGCUAAUCAAAUAGAGGCUAGUUUCACUUACAAUCAAAAUCAAGGAAAAAUGGGAUGCACGUGCCAGUGUGGGUACGGAAUGGCCAUGCAGGGCGGAAAGGAUAUGCUUGUUCCCAGGUACACAUUUGGGCCUGCCCUCUUUGUAGCCUGGGUAGGAGGAGCUUUGUUACUUCUGGGAGGAAUUUUAAAGUGCAUUGCAGUCAAGGGAAUCCAAAUGUAA